CCACUUCCGGAGCAGGGUCUAUUGUGUAGCCUAGUAGUGUGUAUUAGAUCUUGCUUGUCUGAGUACUGACUGCUUAUGGGCAGGCUACAGAGGCGAACGGAAAACAUUGGACUUUCUACGAAAAUGAUACACUGUUUGAGUAAAGAGACAGAACUUGUUCCUUAAUAGAUCUAGAUCUAGUUGUCUUAUUUUCACACCAUGAAUUCAAUAACAACGAUCCUCGAAUUUGGUGGAAACCACCAUUGCUUUUUAUGCAUAACCAAAACCUACAGCUCCAGUGAAUCCAGAUCCCAGAAACUUUCAAGAGGUCGAGAUGAAGAGAUCCAAGUUUAUGAGGCUGAGAACAACCAGGGGGCCAAGGUGUUCUUCAGCAUCCACAGCAAGCUGGCAGACAUUAUGCCUGGGGACACGGUGCAGCUCAGCGGACAGUACGGGGUGAAGUUAGGUCUCAAGGACAACGAACCGUUGAUAUUGAAACCCAUCAAGUCUUCUGUGCAGACAGUUCGGCGUGUGAGCAUGGACCCCCUGAGUGUGGACGACUGGGAGAUUUUGGAGCAAAAUGCAGGCCGGGUGGAGUUGGUUCUGAUGGACCAGGUACGAGUCGUGUGGCCGGGCCAGAUCAUUCCUGUGUGGAUACAGAAGUCCUUGGUCAUCUUCAUGAAAGUCACCGGCUUAGAACCCAUGUCGUCGUGUGCGGUCUUGGAGAAAAACUCGGAGAUCGUCAUCGCGGCCAAAGUGAGAGCCAGCCUGCCACCGAACUCGCUCAGCCUCCCACCCAAGAAGAGUCUUCCUGCUGGUCCAUCGCAGGCAGCGCAGUCCCCACAGCUCAUUGGCUCGCCGAUGAAAGUGCCAGAGUCCCCGUGCAAGGCACGGGUGAAGGAUUCCCUGUCUGCCCCGGACUCCCUCGAUACCCUGGAGCCCAAAAUGACCAACCGCAGCCCUAACCGCAGUCCUCGGUUGGUGUCACGCAAGUCCUCGGUGAAGGUCCACAAGAACUACUUGUCCAACAGUGACCAGUUCCCGGACAGAGGGGAGUCGGGGAGGCAGAUGGUUCGUCGGCAGUCAUCGCUUAUGGAGAGUGUGAUGAGGCGUAUAUUUCCCUUCAUGGACAACCGUCGGGAAGACAGCGAUAGCCACUCUCACUCCGACUCGGAUGCGGGCUCGGCCAUCGACUUCUCUAUGCAGAACCUGCCGUCGCGCAACGCCGUGCUGCGAGUACAGCCCAUGAGGCUCAGCUGCACGCUGGAGGACUGCAUGGUCUCGCAUGCUGCCCGGGCACGGGGCAGUCAGCCGGUCAUGUCCAGCUCUCUGUUCAGCGGCAGGAAGUGGCCGUCGUUAGAGUCGCGGUUGGCGGAGGAGUAUAUGUGUGAUGUCCCAGCCGAACUUUUCCAGACGUCCACGGUGUACGUGGACUCUGAGUUCUUGAAGACGGAACGACAGCUUCACCCUCACCUCCCCUGCCUGCCCCCUGUUGUCAUCGCUCGCAUUGAGAAGCUCCCGUCGCCCCAGGAGAAAUCCGAGGCCACCCGAGAUCAGAAUAUGCGCAAGAAAUCAAAGGAGGUGAUUGGAAAAGAUGGCACAGCUGCCGGAAAGAGUGAGGGAGGGGGAGGAGAGAAAGGGAAAGAUGACUCUGCUGGCGAUGACCUGGGCAAGUUCAAGGGCACCUGCUACGUGCGUGUGGUCGGCAUCAACAGAAAGGCUAACUUGGUGGACGAUGCGUGGCACGAUGCAGCCGACAGGAUUCUUACGGAACAAGCUCUCAUGUGGGGUCACAUGAUUGUGCCAGACAUUCUGCGGCGACAGCUCAAGCUUGAUGCCACGGGCUCGGCCUGGCUACAGACUGGCGUCGUGGACAUUGUGGUGCCCUACAAGAUCUGCAUCUAUCCAGUCUCCGCAGUGCCCAAGAAGUACACUGAUGAAAUGCUCAAGUCAGCGUUCCGAGCUCAUAUCCGGCUGGUCGCCGAUGCUGAGCACCCACUUGUUGUCUUCCAGGGCCUUCUGCUAAAGUUCAUGGUUUUCCCAGGCAAAUAUCUGAGAGCUGUAAUGAUGAAGCUGGGCCACGGUGUCUCGGUGGAAGCCCAGAUCACUUUCUUCGGUGAGAAUGACGUGAGCAGCGAGAAGGGCGUGACCAUGCUGAGUGAGAUGAACAUCGACUCGGUGCGCGUCCUGGAGGUGGUGCGUGACAGCCGCGAGGACAAGCUCAAGGUCGUCAACAUGCUGCUGUCUUACUCCAGUGUGGCCGACUUUGACCCCGUGCCCCCCACCGUCAAGCUCAAACACCUGGGCGGGUUUGGCGGCCUGGCUCGGCAGGCGUUGAACCACCUCCACACCAGCAUCGGGGCUCGCCCUCUGAGCCGCAGCUGCUUCAUGGCCCGGGCCGGCCUCAGCCACGGCCUCCUGCUCAUCACCGGCCCCAAAGGCUGCGGGAAAACCUCGCUGGCCAAGGCUCUGUGUCGCAAGAUGUUCCACUCCCCGGUCAUGGCUCACAUCACCUUCAUCGACUGCAAGGUGCUCAGAGGAAAAACUGUGUCCAACAUCCAGAAGAUCCUGGAGUCUGUGUUUGAUGAGGCGGCGUGGCGGGAGCCGUCGGUGGUUGUCUUUGACAACCUGGACGUGAUUGUACCGGCGCCCAGCGGGCCGGAGAGCGAGAUGAGCGGGGAGGCGCUCUACUCCGCCAAAAAUGCCCAAGUUCUCCAGGGCCUGGUCAAAUACGAGAUGGAGAACAACAGUCAUGUGACGGUCAUGGCCACGGCGACGGCCCGCUCCUCCCUUCACCCGAGCCUGGUGGCCUCUCGAGGGGACCACAUGGUGCAGUGUGUCGUCGACAUCGGCUCGCCGGACAAGGAAGCGCGAGAGAAGAUAUUGACCUCCAUCCUUCAGAAUCACAGCUGCAUCAGCAACGAGACAGUCAGUGUCCUUGACAUGAUGCCCAUCGCCGCCAAGACAGAGGCCUACGUGGCCCGCGACCUUGAGGGUCUGGUCAACAGGGCGGUCCACACCCGUCUUGUCCACAACAGAGACGCUUGCAAGCAACAGAUCACCUUGAGCCUGGAAGAGUUUGAGGAAGCGCUGUGUGCCUACAAACCUGUUUCCAUCCGGAACAUUCAGCUUCACAAGGCUGGAGAGCUUGGCUGGGAGGAUGUGGGAGGUCUGGCGGGUGUCAAGUCUGCCCUGGUUGAGACGCUUCGAUGGCCAACCAAGUACCCACAGCUGUUCUCCUCCUCCCCGCUGCGGCUACGCUCGGGCAUCCUGCUGUACGGCGCGCCAGGCACGGGGAAGACUCUUCUGGCCGGGGUGGUGGCCAAGGAGUGCGGGCUCAACUUCAUCAGCAUCAAGGGUCCUGAGCUGCUGAGCAAGUACAUCGGAGCCAGCGAGCAGUCGGUCCGGGACCUGUUCAUUAGAGCUCAGAGUGCCAAGCCUUGCAUUCUUUUCUUUGACGAGUUUGAUUCUAUAGCCCCAAAACGUGGGCACGACAGUACGGGGGUGACCGACCGCGUGGUCAACCAGUUCCUCACUCAGCUGGAUGGAGUGGAAGGCUUGCAAGGUGUGUACGUGCUGGGGGCCACCAGCCGACCUGACCUCAUCGACCCUGCCCUGCUCCGGCCCGGGAGACUGGACAAGUGUCUCUUCUGUUCCAUGCCUGAUGAGAGUGAGCGGGUGAAUAUACUGGAAUCACUCACUCGCAAGAUGACCUUGGCUCCGGAUGUCAACCUUGAGGAAAUAGCGAACAUGUGCGAGCAUUUCACCGGCGCUGACCUCAAAGCGUUGCUGUAUAACGCUCAGCUCAAGGCCAUCCACCAACAGGCUGACUCGUGCUGGGGACAGGACGCGGGCGUCGUCAGAAUCAAGGGGGACGACGCCAAAUGCGAUAUCCUCAGGAAGGCGUCUGUGAUUCUGGAAGACGAGAACUUUGCCGCGGAUCUGUCGCGGGCAGUGGAGAAAGCUAUCUCCCCCGUGGACUCGAUGAAUAACUCGGUCGACGAGAGUGUGAGCACGCCGAAGAAACAGGUGAAACUGUCGCCGAGGGAGAGGAAGCAGGGUGUUAUGCUGCACGAGACACAGACACUCGUCGGGGAGAGGCAAGGAGGUUUUGAAAGUAUGCAGGUCACGGAAAAGAUGGGAGACUUAAGGGUGGACAGUGGUCAGAGCAGGAAGAUGCCUCCUAGAGUGGCCGCAGCGGACGAUGGUGGAGAAGAUGGUGUGGAUGGGUUGGUGGAGAGGUUCCAGUUGGAGGAUUUCUCCGCUGGUGGUGACAAUGACGAUGACGACACAAUAAAUGGCGGAGCUGCGUCUCCGUCUGAUGACGUAGAUGUCGUUGAUGGUUUGCCCUCACCCAUGGAGGAACAGGAGACGGCAGAAAGCUCACAGGCUCGCUCCUCUUCCUGGAUUCCGAUGGGAAGGAAAAGUGAGUCGGAAAUGAUUGUCAAAACACGACAACCAGAGGGAAACACAAACAAAAUGGAGUACGAAACCUCCAAUUCCAUCAGUCAUGCUGUGGAGGAAUUUACCUCAAAAAUGACGCUCCUGAAUUCUGAAGCCCCCGCCCUCAACAUUGCGAUAAGAGUAUCGGAGAGCUCCAACCCGGACGAAGAGAACCUUCCAGACUUUCCGGACCCAGCCAACACGUUCCCACCGGCUUCGGCCAAGCGUAAGCGAGGGUACGAGAGAGCACACAGCACCCCAGAGGCCGGCUCACUGACCGUGGUGAAGGACGUGCGGAGGAACUCCAAGUCUCCGUCCCUGGACAAGCCUGUGUCGGUUUUCCCGUCGCUGGAGCAAGGCUUGGCCGCUCUCACACCCGAGGAUGAGGCCAGGUAUCUGUUGAUGGUGACUACGAGAACUUUGUGUCAUCCCGGUCUGGCGGAGCGGAGAAACAGGUCCAGGUGGUGGGACAACGUGCUACACUGGCCUGAUUGUGGUGGUCGUGUGAUGGCGUGAUGGUCAGUGGGACACAGGGCUUGAUGGCUGUGGUGGUCAUGUGAUCACUUGGUGGGACAACGUGCUACACUGGCCUGAUUGUGAUGGUCGUGUGGUGGCGAGAUGGUCAGUGGGAUACGGGGCUUGAAGAUGAUGAUGGUCAGUGGACGAAACACGGGACUUGAUGAUGGUGAUGGUCAGUCGACGAAACACGGGACUUGAUGAUGGUGAUGGUCAGUCGACGAAACACGGAACUUGAUGAUGGUGAUGGUCAGUCAACGAAACACGGGACUUGAUGAUGGUGAUGGUCAGUCGACGAAACUCGGGACUUGAUGGUUGUGGUGGUCAUGUGAUUGCUUGAUGGGACAACGUGCUACACUGGCCUGAUGAUGGUGGUGGUGGUGGUGGUCGUGUGAUGACGUGAUGGCCAGUCGUCUGACGGGGUCGUGGUGACGGUGGUGGUGUGAGGGUACGGUGGCCAGUGGGCGGAACUCGGGGCCUAAUGGCGGGAAAGGACAACGUGCUACACUGACCUGAUGGCCGUGGUGGUGUGAUCACGUGAUUGCUUGAUAGUACAACGUGCUACACUGGCCUGAUGGUCGUGGUGGUGUGAUCACGUGAUGGCUUGACGGGACAACGUGUUACACUUGCCCGAUGGUCGUGGUGGUCAUGUGAUCGCUUGAUAGGACAACGUGAUACACUGGCCUGAUGGUCGUGGUGGUCAUGUGAUCGCUUGAUAGGACAACGUGCUACACUGGCCUGAUCGUCAUCGUGGUUGUGGUGGUGGUGGUGAUGGUCUUGUGAUGGGGAUGGCUUGAUGGUCAGCGGGACGCAGGACUUGAUGGUGGUGAUGAUGGUCCUGUUGUGGCGUGUAGUGAUGGGACAAUAUGCAAGUCUGGCCUGAUGGGGUCAGCGGAACACAAGGCCUGAUGGUAGUCGUGGAGGUGGUACCCGUGGUGGUGGUGAUGGUGGUGGUGGUCGUCGUGGUGGUUUUGUGAUGAAGUUGUGGUCAGUGGACGGACUACAGGACUUGAUGAUCAUGAUCGUGGUCGUGGUGAGGGCCAGCGAAACACUGGGCUUAGUGUGUGUGUGUGUAUGUAUGUGUGUGCACGUGUAUGUGUGUGUGUGUGUGUCCAUGAUCGCCCACGCCA